AUGAACACUUUGUCUGAAGGUGCUUUAAAAGGUGAUCCAUAUCCUUUAUACUUAAAACAUGUAUUUAAUGUUGAACAACAAAGAAUAAAUAGGUUAGCUAUGUAUCUUAAAACAAGAAAAUCUUCUCCAUUUAAUUAUUUAAAAAUUAAUCAUACUCCAAUUCGUGAUAAACCUUCAACAGAUCCAAUAAAUAAAAUUUGUGACUAUUACAAUGGUGAAUAUAAUGGACCUAAUGGUUAUUUAUACAAACAUAAACGGGCUAUUCAAAAAGCUGCUUUAAAAGGAUUUAGUAUCAAUGUACCUUCAAUUAAAAAUUAUGAAGGACGAUUUGAAACACCUUCAUUGAUUCAAAAAAAUCCUGCAAAUGAUGGAUAUUAA